UAUUGGAGCAGAAACUUGAAAUUUGGCUGGGGGUUUCACCAUGAUAUCAAGCAUGUGCCCUUUGCUGUCCCCAUGAAAAUCUACCCACCUCUAGCAAAGUUAAAAGCCUCUGAAAAAUUACAGUUUGCACAUCCGCUGUAGAGGUUUGUUAGAGGCAGGCAGCAUUAUAUUCCAAAGAUUCAUCUACACUGAGAAUCAUCCAUUGCCACACAACUCUCAUUCUAGCUGCCAAGAGCAGCUGUGGUGCCAGUUACCAGAAUUGAGAGCAGGAAGACUGUCUCUUCUACACUAUAAAUUCUCCCCUCCUAGCAUCAUGACAGCAAGGAGGAAGAGGAGAAAACAGCCUGACUAGAAUGCAAAGGAGUGAGGAGGCAAGGGGGGGAAGGAAGUUGGAGCCAGGGAAGGGAUAGGAGCAGUCUGAGACCAGUAACAGGCAGAAGGAUCUAUAAUUCCAGAACCUGGAAUUGACUUGUGUUAAUUCUGGUGCUGUCUAGCAAAUAGUGUGAAAACUUAUUGGCAAAGCCCCCUUUGGUGGUUGAGCCACAUAGACGAUAACAGCUUACUACUGCUACCUGUUAGCUCAAGUGGUAGAGGUCUGUGCUGCGGAUCUAAAGUUCCUAUCUCUGCUGAUGACUCAUGUUGCGUCAAUAUGGUUCUAGGUGAAUAAAAUGCUUAUAAAAGGUUACAUGCUUUGAAAAAUCAGGCCCUAGAACUCUCAAGUUGGGCUCCCAAAGUUAGUGGACACUUGAAAAAUUUGUUCUUAAUCUCUCUAUGGUUCAAUUUCUUAUCUGCAAAGUGGGGAUAAUAUCUUACACUGGAAAGGUGUUGUAAAUAUAAAUUCAUUAAUGUUUGUGAAUGGUUCUGGGUGUCAUAGAAAAGUCCAUAAGGAAAUUUAAUAAUUUUGUAUUCAGUGCAGGUUUUAAAUACUAUGCAGUAAAUAAGACAUGGAGCCAUACACUGAAUGAUGAGGAUAAAAAGGAAUAGUGACUAGAUACCCAUUCAGAGAGUAUUAUCCAUUUUGUGCACUGAAUGAGGCAAGGUCCUGUAGGAAAAAUAGUAAAUAAAAAUUAUCUUAAUGUACAUUGACAAAGGAGCCAAAUUAAGGUUCAACGAGCAACCUUAAUUCUGGCAGUUUUCUGACGUUUGAGUGUUUGAUUUUGCGACCUUAAUGUUCUUAGCACAGUGCUUUUGUGUGUAAUAUGCAUGCUCAGUAAGGACAGACUCUUCAGAGAUUUUAGCUGCCAAGCUGUAGUAAGUCUCCAAUAAUCAUGUGUGAAGUGAUAUUUUUCAGAGGCUUAUAACUUGGCCAAAUUUGAGUGGAUUUUUCACAGGGAUGGCAAACACACACAUCUCUGACCCAAAGCCCUCCUCAGCUCUCCCUCCCUAGCCAAUUUUAAGUCCCUGUUCCAAAGCAAGGGGACAUUGGAUAUCCUCAAAGAAAAAGUUACCAGAGUGUUUUAAUAUGGACAAAACAAUGGGUUUAUCGCUAACCUCAUUCUUGGAAAUGGCUGAACUGUUUUAACUGAACUUUUCCUCCCAAAAGGUUCAGCCCCCUUUGGUGGGGGAAAAGUUCAGUUAAAGCUAGGCAGUUUAUCUAGCAUGGAAAAUUUCAGCCAUAACACUUGCAGUUUGGGAAAGUUAUAAGUAACUGAAUCAGGGUCUUAUGGUGGUAAGUGUCAGGCAGCCUUAAUAUCGGGUGGUGCUACCAGCCUGCUUAUCAUAGGGAUGACUGGAUCACUGCUGAAAUGUAAAAAGUUAUAUGUGUAAUAUGUCAUGAAUUCUGCAUACAUAACUACAAAACUAUGUUUUAAGAGGGACGAUAAUAACUUCUCCAGUUGAAGCUGCAGGGAGAAUUUUAGGCAGUCAUAUUAAUUUUGGCUGGAACAUGGAUGCAGAGAAUUCCACUCUUACAGAAAUGAUCACAAGAUCUUUUAAUUAUCGCAAGAUUUCACAACCUCCGUUUUUAUACCUCCCAAAGAUGAAGCAUAGUAUUUUCAAAAGCACCUAAAUGAUUUAGGAGCACAUGAAAGUCACUUGCAUGCUUUUGAAAAUUGCAUCUGACACCUCCAGCAACACAAUGGCAUGUUAUGAUAUGCAGGAUUAAGUUCAAAAAAUGACUUAGAUAAAAUAUUGCUUUCUAGUGUCUCACCACACCAUUUCCUUACACCAUCUAAGAUUUCAUUGCUCUUCCAUCCAAAUACUGACCAGACCUGAUUUUACUUAAUUUGUGAGACCUGAUGAGAUCACAGUCCAAGUCCCCUUUUAUAGACCUCAGUACUUUCUUACUUGGCAAGACUACGUUAAUUAUGUUGUUUGCUUUCGGAAUAACUUUUCUCUGUAGUCAGUGAACUGUGUAAAUGUUUUACAUGAUUUUUUUUCUAUUUGUGAAUAAAUGCUUUUACGUUUACGAUGUGUGUUAUCACAAUAGAUAUGUUUUACUCUGUAAUAUUUAGAUCUGCCUAGCCAUCUGAUAUGCAACUCUUAUUAUGCAUCACCAGUUUUUAUAAAUUAAGCAUGUAUGGACUGUAACAGCUAUGUACUACAACAAAUGAAUUUAUUUCUGGGUUUUCUAGAAAUAAAUAGCUGAGAUUUCCUUUCCAACUAUACUUUAGAAGCACAGAUAAAAUGACUUCCUGUCUCACUAUUUCCUGUAUCCAUGGUAACCUCUCUUUAACCACUCACUGUGGAAGAGCCUAUGGGAAGAAUGUUUCCUGAGUGAACAGUUGCAAAACCUAGGGCAAAACGUGAGCGCUCUAAUAAACCGGAAUGUUGCUAAGAAAAGUCUUACAGCACGUCUAAAAAGUAAACUUGUAAGUAAGUCCAGUGAACUGCCUCACAAGCCAGCUGAUAAUAUGAAUUUGUGGUUUGGGCUAAGUCAGAGAUGACUGAGAAAGCCAAAGACAGGGAUGUGUGUGGACUUCAAAGUUCUGUACCCUGCACAGGAGUAUUCCUCCAUAUCCUUAACUGUUUUCUUUUGUUGCUGCUCCAGAAAGAGGUACUUGGCUGUCCAUCCGUCUGCCAGCUCUGCACUGGGAAACAAGUUAAUUGUCGUAACUUAGGUCUUUCAAGCAUUCCAAAGAACUUUCCAAAAAGUACAGUACUUGUAUACCUCAGUGGGAAUAAUAUAUCGCAUGUAAUUCCAAAUGAAUUAACAGGCCUUCAGAAGCUUGCUGUGCUCUAUUUGGAUAAUUCCAGCAUUUCAUAUGUGCAUCCAAAGGCUUUUGUUGAACUUAGUAAACUGUGCUACUUACAUCUAAAUAAUAAUCACAUAAAACGUUUGGAUCCAGGAAUAUUUGAAGGGCUUUCAGAUCUUCAUUGUUUAUACCUUCAGAAUAAUCAAAUAUCUUUUGUUCCUAGAGGAUUAUUUAGUGGUCUCAUUUCAGUUCGAUACUUAACGCUUGAAAGAAAUCGCCUCAGUAUCCUUGGAAGUGGCACUUUCUUGGGAAUGAUUAGUCUUCAAACGCUUAAUCUAGCCAACAAUAAGAUUUCACGGAUAUCAGAUACAGCAUUUCAUCAUCUUGGAAACCUUGUGUAUUUGUACCUUGAAGGUAAUAAUUUAACACAUGUGCCAUCAAAGGCCAUUGGAAUACUUAAAAAUCUAGAAAGACUUUCCUUGUCUCACAACCCUGUUGGGUCAAUACAUCCUUUUGCAUUUAAAGGACUUGACAGGCUUGAAUAUCUAUCUUUAAAAAGUGCAAAAAUAAAAAGCAUUAUCAUGAAUGGAUUUGCUGGAUUAAAUAACCUUAAAAAGUUAAUUUUAAGCCAUAAUGAUUUAGAACAUGUAAAUUCCAACACUUUUACUUCGUUGCAUAAUUUAAUGUACCUGCAACUAGACAAGAAUAAAAUAGUUAGUAUUGGUGAUAAUGCAUUUGAAAAAAUGGGAUCUUUUUUAAAGAUUCUAAAUCUAGCAUCUAACAACCUUACCAAUUUGCAGCCUAAAGUGCUCAAGCCUUUGGUUUCAUUAACUCAUCUACAGGCAAAUAACAACCCUUGGAACUGUAGCUGCACACUGCUUGGGCUACGUAAUUGGCUAGCAUUAUCUUCAAUCUCUGUCAAAAUCCAUUGUCAAAAUCCCCCAAGUAUGCGCGGUAGACCUUUGCAUUAUGUUAAAUGGACCGAAUUUACAAACUGUGCUAUCACUACCACUAAUCCAGAAACCGCCUGGAGUGUAGCAUCUGUAGGUAUCCAUCAUAGCACCGCCACUUUAGUGAUGGCAUGGCAUAUGGUAACCACAUAUGAUAAACUUGUACAUUUGGAAAAUGCUGGAACUAAACGUGUUACUUUCUGGGGAAGAGAUCCAACCACAUCUGCCAGUCAAUUUCUUUAUGAAGAAUAUGCUGCUGGGAAUCCAUCAGAAGCAACAACAGUGUUAUCAGUAUUACCAGUGCAAACAGCUGCACAGAUUGUGCCAGUUAACUUGACCAUGGAACAGAAAAGUGAAUUUCCUCCAGAUGCUGCAUCUGUAUCCUUAAAAACGUCUCUAAUCUGUACACAGCAGGUGGAGAAACUGAAUCAGGCAUUUGACAUUUUAUUAGCCUUUUUCAUUUUAGCAUGUGCUGUGAUCCUUUUUCUAAUCUAUAAAAUUGUCCAGUUUAGACAGAAGCUGAAGAUGCGGGGAGACUCGGGGGAAAAGGGAAUAGAGUACUACAGUUCUUACCAGGCUGGUAGAUACAAUGUAACUGACCCAGUUCAGUCCCUACCUCAAAAUCCAAUGAGAAGUUCAGAAUUGGACCAAAUUAAGUUUAUCAAACGAACAAUGCCUGAAUGUCAGGCACAGGUCAUCCUGUUUGAACAUUCAGCAUUGUAACUUAUUCAGCUAGACUUUUGAUGUUGAAUCUAUUGUGGUUUGAAAUGUCAAGAAAUCAAGUGCAUUAAGUUCUCUUAAAAAUAGUUGAAGUUUCUCUGUUUGGUUAACUGGUUGAUGGUUUUGUGGAAAAUGUUAUAAUUUGGAAUUGAUAUCAUGAUUCUUACUCCAAAUGUCACUGAAUUUCUUAACUUUUAAUAGCUAUACUGUCAUUUGAAUCUUAAGCCUGUGUCAUGGACAAAUCUCAUUCUACUGUCCCCAUUUGAUGGAAUUCUUCAUUCAUAACUCCUGCAGCUAACAAUGAGUGUUCUCCCUGUGUGAGAAGCUAAAACUAUGCUUUUAAAAGGUUUUGUUCUUUUCAAAUAUUUAUUAUUAUUAAAUUAUUCAUAGAAGCAACAUAAAACAGCUUGUAAAUGAGUAAGCAAAACUGAUGGUGAUUGUUGUUGUCGGCAUCAUGAAGCUGAAAUUGUUGUGUGAGAAAAUGGUUCUCUUAGGAAGUCUCUUAAUAUGUGAAUAGUAAUUCAUAAUGACCAUCUGAAAUGGAGCAGAAAACAAAAGGGAUGAGCAUUCCUUUUCAUUUAACUUGGAUUAGGUUAAAUCUUCUGAGAAACAGGCAAAAUAAACUAUACUUUAUUUGUAUUUAAAUACAAAAUAUAUGUUGCUAAUAUUCGGAGUAAUUGUUGCAGUGUGUAUAGUAUGUAUAUUAAAACAAGAUAUACAAUAUAAUUCAUUAUCCAAAUUCUCUAUCCAAAAAUCAUAGUUAUCCGAAUACACAAUAUGUUCUCCAAUAGCAUUUCCAUUUAUCCAAAUGCCCAGUUAUCCAAAAGUUUUGGCUGUUCCCCAGGCAUAGGCAGCAGAUUGCUAAGACUAGAGGAGGCUCAGCCUCCCUAAAUCUAUCUCUGCCUCUGUGGUGUAGCCAGGAAUGGAUUGGUUGGGUCUUAGCACCCAGGCCCACCCAAAUCUGAGCACCAGCCACAAUGCUUAAAGUGAGGGGGAUUAUGGCGGGGUGUCAGCCCUAGAUUUUUUUAUUUUAUUUUUUUUAAGAUUGAGUCAGGUUACCAAGGGGCAGUCUUUUAGUAGAGCUGCUGCCGCCUCAUACCAUUCUGCACAUCUCUGCUUCCCCAUCAACACAGGCUCUGAUUGGCUCUCAACUGCCAAACAAUCAGGUUUUGACCAGGGCCCCCACCCAGCAAUGGAUGAGGGCAGGGCAUGCCUUCAUCAAUAAAAAAGGAAGUAACCUGAGCCGGGUGGCAUUGGAUGGAGCCUGUAUUGAUGGGGAGCGGAACAAAGCCUGGGACUUGGAGCAGUAGCCUGUUUGCCAGGUCUCAAGACCACUCCUUGGUGCAACCACUUCUCUCAUACUCAAGCAGAAGAAGGACUCUGCCCCUUAGCACCUAGCUCUGGUCACUGCUUUCCCAUGUCUCCCAUCUCCCACAGCUAAUCUGAUUGUAGCCAACAUCUGCCAUCCACCCAGGGCCAUGAUUGGGUUGAGGCACGCUUCUGCCAGUGGGGAGGCAGUAGCCAGAGCUGGAUAGUGUAAUGGCAGAACCACUUCCCUGCUGCCAUAAUGGAGCAGUGGCUAGGCCAUAUUUGAGUGGCAUUGUGACCUGGCACACAGGGUCUUACUACUUCCAGUCUUUGCUCUGCUCCCACAUGGACACAAGCCUAUGUGUGGCUAUGCCCUUGGUCAGGCCCCCUGCCAUAUAUAUAUAUAAUAUAUAUAUAAAAUUCACCAUCCUCCCAGGCUAUGUGGAUAAACAGAAGUGAACUGUAUAUUGUUUGUUCAUGUAUUCAUAUAUCUUCUCUCUGCAUAUCACACUAACUGGAAAAUAGGGUAUAUAGAGAAAUAAAUUUUCCUGUACGUUGAAAAAAGGACUUCAUAAUAUCCAGCAUCAGAGGCCUAGAUAAUUAUUCCUUAAUAGGAGGAAUUUUUUCAUCCCAAGGUUAAUAGUUUUUUUCCUAUGAACUUGAAAAUGCCAGUUUUUGUAUCAUUCAUCAUCCCAUUUAAGAUUUUUUAAGUUAAACAUGCUGUAUUAUUAAAUAUCCUUUGCUGAGGGGUGUAUUUUGAAUCACAAGGUGAAAUGACUUUGUCUCAGCCAGUACCCGAGAUCUAGCUUUUAAGAUCAGGAUCCAUCUUGAAUAAAUGUAAAUUAGUUUUUAA